AUGAAAUUGAAGGCACUCGCGUCACACCUUAUCCCCCGCUUCGCACCGUUAAGUAGAAAGAACACCUCCCGCUACGUAAGAAGCGCAAAUCCAAGGACAUCGCACUCUUGGCAAACCAGGGCAUUUAUAUCCUCAAAGGUACUCAUAUCGAGGGAGGAGGAGGCCCCUGCUUCGAUCAAGCCGAUUAGCGGUAAUGGGGAAGAUAUAACUUUGGGAGAUGAUUCUACACAGUUUGGGGGGGGACACUCACCCCAAGGGGAUCCGCAAAGUAAGCAGACACCCUGUGAGGAUACACUCUGUGAGAAUACACCCCCCUUACGGCCCGAUGUGGGGACGAAGAACCUCGACGAGCAGGUCCUGAAAGAGCUGCACAGCUUAAUAAGGUCAAUCCAGAAAUUGGACAAAAAGAAGAAGCAGCAAAUUGUCAGCUACAUAAACACGUUAAAUAAAAAAUAUUUACAAAAUAUAGAAGGAGAUGUGGUGACCUUUUUUGAAAACCUCGACCAAUACAUGGCGGCGAAUGGUCUCCUAAUGUGCGACCUUGGGGGGGAAGAAGUUCUGAGUCAUAUCCAGGGGGUGCAUAUGAAUAUUGUCGACGACUGCAUCAAAGGGUCAGGCAGCGACGUGAACAGCCUCUUCGACGUUAACUUUAUCAGAAAGGCGAAAGAGAAGUUGUACGGGGAACACAUAUACCCCAUCGUCCAGGGCGCAAGCGAACGGCAUAUCGCUGGGAUGAACGAACCGGCAAAUACACCGCCUGACCAACAGCCUAACUAUUCGACGGAGGGGAGGGACCCCCCCGAGGAGGAAGACAUUGUGAACGUGCGCAGGCAAAUGCUCAUAGAGCGGUCCUCCUACCAGAAGGCAAUCGAGGAAGCGGAAGAGUUCGUUUCGAAUCUCCACGAUUUGAAGAAGAUAACGGAAAUCCGGGGGCUGUGCAAAAUAUACUUGAGUUGGGUGAACGAGCUGGAACGCAGGAUUGCCAACUACAGGGAGAGGCAGCGGCGGAGAGGCGGCGCAAGUUGUAGCGCUGAAGGGAGUACUUCUGGAAGCAGCACCACUGCUGGGAGCACUACCACCGCAGGCACCACCACCGCAAGCAGCACCACCGCUGGGACCACCCCGCUGAGCGAUACUGGCAGGGGGGGGCUACCCGAACUGAUAGAAGACAAACUACUAGCCAUCAUCACCGUGAAGUGGACCAUUCAGUAUACCUUCAACCCACAGAAGAAGAAAUAUGCCAACAGCAUCAUCACACAAUCGAAGAACUUCGAGCAGGGCUACUCAUACCAGUCUCUCUUCACACACAUCGCUAUAAAGAUCGGCCAAGAAAUCAACAACGAGUUGAACUUUCAGCAGCUCGAGAAGAGCAACCUUCUGUACCGUUACGUCAAGAGGAACAAAGCCAACGCGUCCUUCUCGCAUUUUCAGAAAUACAGAAUACUCUGCGACAUAAGGAAAAAGCUGCAGGGUGGGCGCCAAAAGGAGGAGGAAGCCCCCGCAGGAGUAGUGGCAGGGGUCUCUCCAACAACAACUGCAGAGUUGGCGGCAGAAUCGACUGCAGAAUCGACCGAGGUUCACCCCCGCGAUGACUUCGACCUGGUCCAGUGGAACUCGCAGAAGAAGGCCGCAGUCGGCGGGCUCCUCCUGAAGAUGCUCAUGGACAGCGCAAAGAUGGACGUCGAUCUGAGCGUCGCCAAGGAGGAACACCGGAAUGAAUACAGGUACUACCUCCUCCUGCACAAGAUGGCAAAGGGUAACGGGGAGAAGCUGCACGCGGAUUGCAAAUACGAGAAAGAGCUCAACUACGAGAAGUACUAUGAGGAGGAGUCUAACUCGCUGGAGUUUCUGGUCCUGGAGAGGGGAAAGGGACGGGGCGCUGAGGAGGCGGCGGAGAGGGGGAAGCGUAGGGGAAAGAAGAGGGGAAAGGAGAAGGGGAAGCAAAGGGGUGGCGAGGAUGGUGAUAACACGGAUGAGGCGGCGAACACCGCAAACACGGUUAACACGGCUCACGCGGCUAACACGGUUAACCCCCCUAACAUCGCUAACCCCCCUAACACCGCCAACCCCGCCAGUAGGCGCGAAAACAACUUCUGCAAACGGCAGAAGGAGAAGCUGAAGAACAAGCAGGUAGUGCUGUACCGAUCGAGAAGAGACCCAAACAAGAUAGAGCUCCCAGUAUUUAUCCACUCGUACAUGUGGAAGAAUGGAAGCUGGUACGGAGUCAUACACAUGCGGGAGUGUUGCGCGAAUUAUCUUCUAAACAAUGCGAUAAACUCGCACAUCCCGCUGAACCACCUGCCGAUGAUAAGCAAGCCUAAGAAAUGGACUCACUCCGAAGGAGGAAUGAUACUUCUGAAAAAUAAUUUCAUCCGAUGUAAUGUGAAGCCGCUUUUCAACAUAGACGUGUGUAACUUGGAGCGAAUCAGAAGUAUAGUCUCCCAAAUAGGAAAUGUCCGGUGGAAAAUAAAUGGAGAGAUUUUACACCUCAUUGAAUAUGCAUAUAUGAAUGGAAUUACAAUUGGAAACAUCCCGCGAAGUCAGAAUUAUGACCUUCCAAGUGGCCCCUCCGACAUGACAAAGAGGGAUGUAGAGGACGUAAAGAAGUACUAUCUCUUAAGAGAAGAAAUCAGCAGACUGAAUAAAUGCCUGAUAAGUGAGCGUCCUACUUUUCUACAAAAAUUGGCGGUAGCAAAGACCUUGAAAAAUUGUGAGGUGAUUUAUUUCCCUCAUAAUAUUGACUUCCGGGGGAGGAUGUACCCCCUCUCUCCACACCUCCACCACAUGAGUGACGACAUCUGUCGCAGUCUGAUUACCUUCCAUGAUAGAGAAGAAAUUGGUCCCAGGGGAUUGUUCUGGCUUAAAAUACACCUCGCCAAUAACUUUGGGAAGGACAAACUUAACUUCGAGCAGCGGAUUAGAUGGGUUGAUGCCAAUUUGGAAAAUAUCAAACGGCUUAGUGAAAAUCCUUUUCAACAUGUGGAAUUUUGGAACACAGCAGAGAAACCAUGGCAAGCUCUCUCCGUCUCGAUAGACCUCACCAGAGCGAUGGAAUGUCCUGAUCCGUCCAAAUAUCGGAGUAACAUCCCUGUGCAGCAGGAUGGCACUUGCAAUGGCCUUCAGCAUUAUGCCGCCCUGGGGAGGGACUACGACGGGGGGAAGGCGGUCAACAUCAUUCCAUCCGAUGAGCCGCAGGAUAUUUACACCGUCGUGUUAGAAAUUGUGAGGAGUAAAAUUAGGGCCGACCUGGACGGAACGGCUGCGUCCCCCACGGGAAGUAGUGGUAGUGGCGGCAGUGGUAGUGGCGGCAGUGGUAGUGGCGGCAGUGGUAGUGGCGGCAGUGGUAGUGGCAAUUCUAGCUCCCUCUCCCGAGGAGACCUCGCCAGACACUGCUUCCAAUUCGACCUCCUGAAGAGAAAAGUCGUCAAACAAACCAUCAUGACCAUCUGCUACGGAGUCACCUCAGUAGGAGCCAAAGAUCAAGUGAAGGGGAAGAUACAAAACAUGAUUAGCAAAGUGCUCGACAGGAAUGCCAUCAACCAGGUGUCGCAGUAUAUCGCCAAUUACAUCUUCGAAUCGAUUAGCGAAAUUUUUAAGAGAGCAAUGGUAAUAAAGAGAUGGUUCAAUAAUCUAUCCAAAGUGACGAAUGAGCUGAACAUCCCGGUCACGUGGUUAUCCCCCAUAGGUCUUCCAUGCGAACAACCCUACCGAUUAGGACAACGAAUUUUAGUCAACACUCCUCUGCAGUCAGUCAGUGUCAUCUCGUAUCAGAAUAGCUUGCUUUAUAAAAACAAACAGAGACUUGGUUUCCCUCCAAACUUUGUCCAUUCGCUGGACGCUUCUCACCUUAUGAUGACAGCUGAGAAGAUGAUCCUGGAGAAGAAUCUCAGCUUUGCCGCUGUGCAUGACUCCUACUGGGCUCACGCAUGCAAUGUGGACCUAAUGAACACAUUUAUUCGAGAUUCUUUUGUCACGCUGUACGAUGAACCCAUAUUACAGAACCUUUACCAGAGCUACCAGAUGCGCUUGGGGAAGCACGCCUCCAGGAUCCCCGCGCCCCCGGAACAGGGCCAUCUCGACGUAUCCCUCGUUCGCCACAGUCGCUACUUUUUUAGUUGA